AUGUAUGACCCAAACCACAAUACAUACCAUAAUACGUACCUACAAUAUAUACCUAUAAGAGACUCGUACAAUUUAUACUUAUUCAUCAUAUACCUUAAAAUGGGAAUGAUAUAUUCAAAAAUUUUGAAGGCGAAUGAAGAAAAUUUGUUACUAUCGAAAAAACCAAUGCUAAAUUUUAAAAGAAAUGAUACAAUUAAAAUAAAAAAUAAAUUGAGACUAGCGAAGAAUAAAAUAAAUAAUUUUUUAAAAAAAGGAAUUAAAACAACAUCAUGGGUUGUGUGGAUAGCUGGAGUUUCAGUUGUUGUUUUAAUUACUCCAAUUGCUUUUCAGUAUGAGAAGGAAUGUCAGCUUUUUGAAAUGCAGGCACAGUUUUUUCAAGCACAACAAGCAGCCAAUGUACCUCAGUUAAACUGA